UACUUGCCAGUCAUCUUCAUUCCUUUGAGCAUGCUUUAUUUCCAGAGCAAGAAGCCAUCAUGGGAGACCUUUUAUCCUUAUUUUGGGAGGUGGAUCCUCCCCCUCUACCUUUAAGUUUUACUCUCCCAAAUCAGGAUUAUGAAUGCCAGAAGGAUGACUCUUGUGGGGCAAUAGGGAGCUUCCUGCUUUGGUACUUUGUCAUUCUAUUGGUCCUGAUGUUCUUCUCGCGGACUUCUAUCUGGAUGUCAGAGAAGAAAAGGGAUGAGGACAGUGGGGCCAGCACCUCGGUCAGUAAAGCAAGCAAAGAUAGUUCCUUCAAGCGGCAAAGCAAAGGUGGUGACUGGGACUCUUUACAAAUUAUGAAAAAACCAAAGCAGAGCCAAUUCACCCCUGUAACUGACUCAGAAGUGGCUUUGGUCAAUGCGUAUCUUGAACAAAGACGGGCCAGGCGCCAUUCUCAAUUCAGCCAGAUGACUCAGACCCAACAGGAUAGUGAUAGUACUGAGUGUGACAGUGAAGAAUCUAACUCCGGAGCCUCCUCGUGGAAGGAGAGUGAAAGCGAACAUCACCCAUCACCAGCUAGUAUUAAGAAGAGGAAAACAGCUCAGAGGCAAAGGAAUGUGGGAAGUUACCAAGUCAGGGAAAGGCCUUGCCUCCACUGCAAAGCCAUGAGAACCAAUGAAUGGUUGACACGCCAUUUCCUUCAAAAUACUUCAGGAACAACCCUCACGAAGGCAGAUAUUCAAGAGGAAACUUGUGUACCUGACAGUAGCACAAAAUGCAGUAAAUUUUGAAUUUUAUCAUGUCCUUACCUUACUUGAAGCCAAAUGAAAGAGAUGAAUAAAACACAAAAAAUCACCAGAUCUCUAGGUGAGGAGGCUUUUACAAUGAAGUCUCUCUACUAACAACAAAAACAUACUUGGAACCGAAGAGGUAAAAUGUCAGAUAAUCCUUUGUCCAAAAACAGGCCAGUGAAUUUGUUUAUGGCCCCAUUAGAACCUCAAAGAUCUGCAUCUACUACGGUUUUUUAUUCAAAAGAGCGGAAGACCUAUUUUAUUCCUCACAUACAUGUAUUUUGUUUAUAUCUAUAAUACAAAUAAGG